AUGUCCUAUAAUGAUAAAAUUUAUUUUGCAAUUGAGGGAGCAUUUGCAUUAAUAGAUUAUAACAUUUACAAUGAUAUACAUAAACAAUUUGAAUUUAAAAAACAAACAGUUCUUGCAGAUGAAUCACUUACAGAAAAUGAGAAAUCUGAAGCAAUAACAAUAUUAACUAAAACUUAUGAUGAUGAAAAAAUUACGUUUAAUGAAGGAACAAAAAGAAUUUGUGAAAAUUGUAACCAAGAAUGUUUAGCUACAUUAUUUUGUGAACUUUGUGUUCGAAAUUAUUUAAAAGCAAAUUUUUCAAAUUGGACAUCUGGAAAUGUUGAUAUUGAUAAUUUAUUACAAGAGUGUCAAAUGAAAACACUGGCACCAAAUAGGAUACCAGAAUGGAUUCCAUAUGAUAAUUUAAAAAAUAUCAAAUAUCUAACAAAAGGUGGAUGCUCUGAAAUCUAUACAGCAGAUUGGAUUAAUGGAAAAUAUAAAGAAUGGGAUUCUAAAAAACAACAAUUAAAAAGAUUUGGAGAACAUGUUGUAGUGCUUAAAAUACUAGUAAAUGUUGAAAAUGCAAAUCAAAAUUGGUUUGAUGAGGCAAAAUCACAUUUAAAUAUGAGCAAUAAAUGGACCGAAAUCGUCCAAUGUUUUGGUUUAACACAAGAUCCAUCAAAUGGAAAUUAUAUGCUUGUAAUGUAUGAAAUGGAUAUAGAUUUAAGAAAAUAUUUACAACAAAAUCAUAAUAAACUUACAUGGAAAGAAAGAAUUCAAAUUGCUGAGAAUAUAAUUUUUUCACUUAUAAGAAUUCAUGAAGAGAAUGCGAUUCAUAGAGAUUUGCAUUCUGGAAAUUUAUUACUUAAAAAUUUUGGACUUAAUAUUAGUGAUCUUGGGUUUUGUGGACCUGCGGAUAAACCAUUAAAAAGUAUAUAUGGAAAUCUUCCUUAUAUGGCACCUGAGGUUAUUAUUGGAAAAGUACAGACUAAUAAAUCUGAUAUUUAUAGUGUUGCAAUGCUUAUGUGGGAAAUUUCAUCUGGACAACCACCAUUUAUUAAUUAUGAACAUAAUUAUGAUCUUGCAAUGAAUAUUGUUAAUGGUAUAAGACCAAAAAUUGUACCAGGAACUCCUUUAGAAUAUAAAAAUUUAAUGAAACAAUGCUGGGAUGCUGAUCCAUUUAAAAGACCCGAUGUUGCUGCACUUUGGAAGAAAAUAAAAGAAAUCAAUUUAUUUUAUCAAAAUAAAUCAAAUGAAUCAUUAACUCAACCAGAAGUAAAUAAUAAUUUAGAAUGGAAAAGUAUAGAAAAUUAUACAAGUAGUAGUAGUAGUUUAUCUGCAAGUAAACUUCAUCAAUUUGACAAUCUUCCUGAACCCAGAAAUGCAACAGAAGAAGAACUAGAAGCAUUUUAUAGUAAAUCAUAUGACUUAUCUAUUCCUGAUAAUAUUGAUGAAUUUGAUAAAUCGGGUAUUCAGAAGAAUAUAAGAAGUUAUCCAAAAUAUUUAAAAGGAAUUCAAAGAAUGGCAAAUAUUCAAAAUGAUUAUAAAGGAGAAACAAUGCAACAAAAAGUGAAGAAAAAUAAUAUUAACGUUGAUGAUGAGGAUGAAAUAUACUAUAAUAAUCCAAAUUUUCAUUUGGAAGAACAAAAUGAAUUUGAACUUCCUGAUGGUAAUUAA